AUGAUUUCCAUCAGCUUGGCCGAUGUAAGCUCUGCCACCGAGGGAAGCUCCUUUGAAGAGACGGUCGCGACGAAUCCCGUCUCACUGACAUCAGCUAGCCAGACGCCGACCCCGGCCCCGACAGGGCCGAAGAGUCUCUUCGGACCGUUCUUGGAUAGGUGGGCCACGGUCACAGUCGAUAGCGACACCGAGAACGAGUAUUGGGAGCUCGGUCCCUUCCGCUUCCUCCGGAAGGAGACAUCGGUGCUGGAGGUCGUCAUCAGUGGAUUCCUUGCUGGGUUCCUUGUGGAACUGAGCAACGCGCUUCUGCUCCACCCUCUGGAUACUCUGAAAACGCGACUUCAGACAGGCCAGAGCCUUCUCCCUCCAGACCCUUCUCUUCUGUACGAGCGACUGUACGAUGGCUUUAUUCCAGUCCUUGCGACUGUUCCAGCGCUCUCAGUUUUUUGGGCAGUGAAGGAUGUCGUCCGAAGGAGCCUGAUAGGGAUGGUCAAAGCGACAUUGCCCUUGCCGGCUGCUGACAUCUUGUCUUCAACUUUGGCAUCUGCAUGUGGCGAAGCUGCAUACGUGGCGGUGAAGACGCCUGGGCAGGUGUUAAAGAUCGAACAGCAGACAGCAGUCUUCGAUGAGGACCGACUGCGUCAGCGCUACUCCGAGCAAGACUUGUCCUACACCAGCAAGACCUUUCUCUGGGACUUCGGGCGCCUCUGGGAGGAGAGUUUAAGGAGCUUUCCCAUCCUUUGCGCCGUGGACGUCCCGCAGGUAGCCCUUCGGACGGCUCUCUUCGUGAGUCUCCACGACUCUGGGUCCUUCCCCUCCGGUGCUGGAUCCGACAUUCUCGCCUUCACCAUGGCUUCUGCAAUCGCCUCUGUUGUGUGCACGCCGCUGGAUGUUGCUCGUACUCAACUGGUCCUGAGCGGAAAAGGCAUCCAGCGCCUGCCAGCCACUCUCUGGGACAUCCACGAAAGCCAGGGUGUUGCCGGACUGCUUGCGGGCUGGCUUCCGCGACUCCUUUGGAACGGCCUCAUUGUGGGAGCUGUUCUGGGACUUUGUAGGCUGCAGUACGAGGAUGCCCGUGCCAUCUUCUUAGUAGACGUUCUCGAUCGCUUCGAGACCGUCGUGCAGCCAACGACUGCACCCUCGUAA